AUGAAAAUCUUUCUUAUAUGUAAGCUUAGCAGCCUCUCGUGUGCAGGAAGUGAGAACUCAAAACUAAGAGGUAAUUUGAUAGCUAUUGGAGAUGAGGUUUGUUUAANAACUGGACAGUUGUCAAUUCAGUCUGGUCCAAAGUUUGAAAACUUGAUGCUUGCUAUUGAUCACUACACCUUGCACAAUGAUGGGCUUUUGUAUAAUCUUAAGGAACCCUGUGAUGCUUCACUGUUCGAAAGUCGGCGUAGGACUUUGCCACGCCCAGAGUUCCAGUUUCCUGGACGACCAGCAAGUAGAUCAUUUGGUGAAAAUGAUACAACACCAAGAUCACCCACUGUGCGUAUGGCUCCCCCAGUUAGCCCAGGACCAAGAAGUCCAAGAAAUCCAUCAUCUUUACCUUCAGGUCAUCGUCAGCUUUUACCAAACGAGCCAGGAGCUGGSUCAGCAUCUAAUUUUGAGACUAUUUAUGACUCUGUAAAACUCAAGAAAAGCUCAGGAUACGUGAACCAAUUCAAGUCUGUCCAGAAUCAAUCAUUUAAUCUUAAUAGUGAUAGUCUCUCUCUUGGAAAAGAACUUGGUCAUGGCAAUUUUGGUUCAGUUCUGAAGGGAACCUAUCAAAUGCCUAAUGGUGAAAAGAUACCAGUUGCAGUGAAAAGAUUGAAGUCUGAAGAACUAAACAAUCCAAAGUCWGAAAUWAUGCAUGAAGCAAAGGUCAUGAUGAAACUAGACCAUCCWUACAUYGUGAGAAUCAUAGGCAUGUGUACAGCACCUACAAUGAUGCUUGUCAUGGAGUUGGCUGCUGAAGGACCUCUCAAUAAAUAUCUCAAAAAGAACAAGCAAAUGGAAAUGUUGAAUAUCCUUAUUCUCAUGUUACAAGUAGCAGAGGGAAUGCAGUAUCUGGAAGCCCAACAAUUUGUACAUCGUGAUUUAGCAGCAAGGAAUGUUCUUGUUGUGAAUGAAAGUUUUGUAAAGAUAAGUGACUUUGGCAUGUCACGUGCUAUGGGAUCAGGCAGUGAUUAUUAYAGGGCAGAAACUCCUGGAAAAUGGCCCCUAAAAUGGUAUGCCCCUGAAUGCAUCUACUUUAGGAAGUUUUCCAGUAAAAGUGACGUGUGGAGCUAUGGUGUUACAUUAUGGGAAGCGACAUCCUAUGGUGCCCGACCGUACCAGGGAAUGAAUGGACAAAUAAUCAUCCAAAAACUGGAGAAUGGAUACAGAUUGCCAUGUCCUAUGCACGUACCAAGUGAAGUGUACAAGAUUAUGAAAAACUGUUGGGAAUACCAGGAAGAGGAUCGUCCCUCGUUCACAAGUAUAUGGCAACUGCUGGGCAACAUUAUAUACAAACUCAAAGGCUAAUUCCUCACGUAAUCAAACAAUAUUGCGAUUGCAAUUAUUAACAAUUCACUGUCUGUAAAUGAAAGAUUGGAAUCGGGCUUCCUAUGUUGAGAUCAAAGCUAUUUUCCCUGAAAACGAUUUUUCGAUUUUGUACCUGAAAUUCAAAAUCAUCUCUCUCUACGCAUGAUUUUAGAAUAUUAGAAAAUGAAAUAGGCACUGUAUAGGUAGAUGGAAGGGUGACCAUAUCAACCACACUUAUAUCUUAUUCGUAACCGCGGCUGAAAAUUAUAAUCGAUGCAUUCGUUACCAUCCUCCGGAACCCAGCGUUGUCGUUUGUUUCCUGGGWAUCGAGGAUGAAUUAACUCGUUUAGUAGAAUCUCAUAUUUUACCCGUAGAACAAUGUAGAAGCAUUAAUAUAGAGAUAUAUUUUAAUGAAUAAAUUUUGAAAUAUA